AAUUUCAGGUCGACACAUGGUUUUAGCAAAGUUAACUUCCACAGAGGGCUGAAGUAGUUAUUAUAAACUAGGCUGGGGCUGUACCACUCAAGUUCUUAACGGUUAUCAAUAGUGCUACUAAAUCCCGCCGGAGGGCGCUUUGCCCGAACAGCUGUGACUCUGCUUCUUCCUUACCAUUACCCCGUCAGUUAGUUUCUUCCCAUCUCGCUUGCUCUCACGAGGCGAUAUAAAGUAAUUUUAGCAAUUUCAUUUUGGGCCAAAUUGCAAACAAACUUCACAAAAUGUUGGCUCACAGGAUGCAACUUUGGAGGACAACAAAUUCGGCGAUGGCCCUCAGUUCCACAGUCAGUCGAUUUUCCCCACAGGGUUCCACGGAGAGCAAAAGGGAGCUCCAUCUGCAGAGAAUUACCCACGGAAGCAGUUUACCCUUGGUCGCUACCCAAAAAUGGUCAAGUCAUGGACAGAUGCGUUUCGCAAGUAGUGGAGCUGCUACAGCGGGAGUCGCGGCCACGAACAGUGGAGAAUACAUGCAGGCGGUUCCAAAAACAGAACUGGUGGACCUGCCCGACAUACCAGCUGCUCCAGUGCCCCCACCCACCGAUGGUUUGAAUGUAAUGGACGUGGUCAAUCUCUCGGGUGAACCAUCUUUCGCUUCAAUUGGCUUAGGCGGCUGGUCGCCGGUGGGUAUGGUCCAGAAUUGUAUGGAGUUCCUGCACUGCACCUGGGAAAUUCCGUGGUGGGGAGCGAUCGCUAUGGGAACCCUGGCUGUGCGCACCAUCAUCUUUCCAUUGGUCAUAAUAGCCCAAAGGAACUCGGCGAGGAUGAACAACAACAUGCCGCAGAUGCAGAUGCUCCAGCUGAAGAUGACCGAGGCGCGGCAGUCCGGAAAUGCCAUUGAAUCCGCUCGAUAUGCCCAGGAAAUGAUGUUGUUUAUGCGGGAAAAAGGUGUUAAUCCUCUCAAGAACAUGGUGGUGCCGUUGGCGCAAGCUCCACUCUUCAUUAGUUUCUUCAUGGGAUUGCGACAGAUGGCAAAUACACCCGUGGAAUCAAUGCGGGACGGUGGACUCUUCUGGUUCACGGAUCUGACUCUGGCGGAUCCCUAUUAUCUGCUGCCUAUGAUCACCAGUGCCACCUUGUACCUGACUAUUGAAAUCGGAACGGAUUCCGCUCGUUUAUCUGCCGCUAACAUGAACACCAUGAAAUAUGUGCUAAGAGCGCUGCCCAUCGUGAUCUUCCCAUUCACGAUGAACUUCCCCGCUGCCAUCUUGACUUACUGGGCCUGCAGUAACUUUAUUUCACUGGGACAGGUUGCUCUGCUGCGGAUUCCCUCCGUGAGGGACUACUUCAAGAUCGAGAAGAUGCUGACCCAUGCACCAAGUGCACUGCCACCGAAAAAGGGAUUCGUCGGAGGAAUGAAAGAAUCCUGGGAUAACAUGAAGAUCUCGAAAGAAAUCGAGGAACGACAGCGCCUGGACGAGAUUCGUUUCGCCAAGGCCGGCAAGGGUCCAUUGGUUAAGACGUACAAGUUCGAUCCCACGAAAACGGCAAAGCCCAUCUCCGUGGAGCCGCACAUGAGGUUAAGGGAGCCGCCAAGCAAACAGCGAUAGUUCCUGUCAUCCUGUGACCGCCGCCGAGCGCUGUGUCUUGUUACGUUAAUUUAAACCUUUAGUCGAUAGUUUUUCACUUACAAACCCCAAACUUUUUGCUGCUUAAAUAUAAUUUGUAAAUGUACAAACGCAAAACUUUAUUGAUAAAACUUAGUUUGGAAAGUAAA